AUCUUCCAUUCCCAAAAUACACCUCAAUACACCUAAUACCAAAUUGCACAUUUUUAACAUUUUCAUACUUUCUAUCACAAAAAUUCCUUCUCUCUCUCGCUCCGUUCCAGUGAAGAAAUCUUCUUAUUGUUUUUGGGAUUCAUGUCGGAGAAGGGUCGACCGUUGCCUAAGUUUGGUGAAUGGGAUGUCAAUGACCCAGCGUCAGCAGAGGGAUUUACUGUGAUUUUCAACAAGGCCAGGGAUGAGAAAAAAACUGGUGGCAAGCCAGAGUCACCUUCAAAGGCUGAUGGUAACACAAAGCAAGGAGAAGAACCAUUAAAGCCUCAAACUAGGAUAAUUCAACUACAAAUAGGUGAAAUCCCAUCCCACUCUACGGCCCUCUCAAACAGUUGAAGGACUUAAGUUGGCCUAAUUGAUAUAUUAUCUCCACCAACUAAGCCAUCUCCGGCUAUCUUCAGCUGUCUCAUAUGUUUAGAGUAUUGUGGUUGUGAUUUAGUGAAUUGUACGUGCAAGUUUUAUCAAAUAAAAUUUCCAUCACAUGGUUUAAUUAUCUUUUGAGAAUAAUUUGAUUGAUCAAUGCAAAAGGUUGAGCUUAAUUACUUGAAGAUCCACAGCUUAUCUCUUGAUACAGUAGUUUGAAACAUGGUAGUAGGUUAUUCAUAUACCCGUAUGGGAUAAACACUAAAGUGAAAUCCACAGCUCAUCGCUUGGGUCAAGAAAUUGCAGUGCCGCUCAAGCUUGUACGCUCAAAAUUAGCUAAAUUUCACCAGAAAUUGGGUUUCUGUUGGUUAAACACCCAGCCACGUGGGUCCCCUUCAAUUUAGAUGACCGGAGAAAGAGUAAAGAUAAGCUAAGGUGGUGCAAUUCUUAUUGAUCGUCAUACCAUACAAUUAAUUAUUUCACUUAUUAUUGCCUUCUCUUUAAUCCAAGGUGACCUAAUAAAUUCAAAAACCCUUUUGCAGCUCUUUGAAGUAGGAUUGAGAACUUCUCUCCAGUUGUGAGCAUAAUUAGUUCUUGCUGGACUGUGGUCAGAUCAUAUGUCCUGGUUAUAUUGGAAGGGUUCCUGGAGUUAUGUUUCUCUUUUUUUUUGGGGUAAAAGGGAAAAGUGUAUUGGAACUAGAGCACACUUAAUUAGGGAAACUAGUACUUGAUCAAAAAGAUUAGAGAAACUAGUAUAUACGAACCCAUAAUUACUUACUCUCAGCCAAUUGUCAGGUCAAACUUAACUCUAAGUGGAACUUUCCUUGUAAGCAUAGGUUUAAAACCAUGAUUAGGGAGCUCAUUACUUGCUUUGCUAUAAUCAAUUCCUUUCUAGCCAUCGAUAAAGUGGGAAAAAGGUUGUGAGGCAAUAUUUAAAGGCAAAAUUAGGAUCUUCUGGGAUUCGCUGGCUGCAUUGUAGGCUUUAAACACACCAAGGCAACCAUGAAGAGCAAAAGUCUUAUAGGGCUAAUACUUUAUAGGUGGGGCUUUCAUCCCGUGCAUACCGUAUGCAUGGGUUGUCCGCCUCGUGUGUCACCAGAAUGUCAAGUGUACACUUUACGACUUUGAUUGUUCUUCUUGUAUAUACUAAAACAUUAGCUUAGAUUUUCUUUUAAAUGUUUGACUAUAACUUUUAUUAGUAAUCUGUUUGCCCUAUUGUUUAGAAUUUGAUGUCGUAGUAUAUUUCUUUUUACAGAUAAGAAGGGUAGAUUCUUUAUAACAUUUAUUGUUAUGACAAGAUGUUUAUUUGCUUUUGUGUAUUCUUUAGUUUUGAAUUUUAUAAAAUUCUAAAUGUAUUUUUCAUAAUAUCAAAAUAAAAAAGUUAAGGGGCUUAGACCCUGCCUAUGCCUCUAGUUUUAGAACAUUGGAUACAAUGACCUAGCUUUCUUACCGGGGAUGGUUGAGUUGUCCCCAAUGGGAAAGUUGAGAGGUUGAGACAAGAAUUAACAACCUAGAGAUCCUGGUUCUGAAUUCGAGUUACAAAACUUAUUGUUAGCCCAUUUGCUUUAGCCUUUGGUGGAUAGGUUUACCAGGCACCUAUGCUUGUGGUCUGUAGCAUGCUGCCCGAUGAACUAGUCGAGAUGCUCGCAAGCUUGCUCUGGUACUAGGUCAUCGAAAAAAGAGUGUUAUUCAGCCGUUUGAUUUCUACGCUCUCAUCUAAGUGAACUUUUAUAGUUGCUAUGAAGCAGUGGUAGAGCCACCUUAGUCCAAUCACCGUGAAUACACUGUGUAGUUAGGUAAUUUUUAUUUAUUUAUGUAUAUACUAUAUGUUGAAUCGCCUUGGUUUUUUCAUGUGUUUUUGAUUCUUUAUAUUUUGACUCCCCUUCGUGAAAUUCUGGUUGUGCCACUGCUAUGAAGUAGUUACUUAAUAUUGAAGGAAGGUGAGAGCAAGGGUAAUUAUGUUAUUGCUUCUCAAAAAAGGGUAAUUAUUUUAUUGUUGGAAUGGUUUUUCUUUUCAUACUUGUUAUGGGGAAAAAGAAAAUACUGCUCAGAUUAUUUGAGUAGUUGAUCAGCUGCAUUUUCUUUUCUUUUGUGUUUUUCUUAUACGAGUAAGAGUAGUUGACCUGCUUGGCUAGGUUUGUGAGAGCUGUCCUCUAUUUUCAAACUUAGUCUUGGAAUUGGCAGGCUGGAUUCUUGUGUCUUUGCUAAUGUGACUAGAUGUACGUAGUACAAAUCGGUGACUGCUUUCUGAUGUAAAUGUUGGACAAACUGGUCCAGUGACCCAUCUGAAUUUCUUAUAAAUGCUACUUGUCUCAUUGAUCCUUGAAGCAUUCUUGUUUCUUAGAAUUUCACCAAUAUGUUGUU